GUGAGUUGUUCAAAGCGAACUUGAUGACUAUGCAAGAUGAGAAGACUUUGUUUGAAAAGGCAGCAUUUAUUAGGAAGUUAUUGGACUUGUUGUAUCCAGAUAUAGAGUGCUUCUUACGGCAUGACGAUCCUUUCACGUUAUUGGUGGCCGUUGUUUUGUCUGCCCAAACGACAGACAAAGUAGUCAACAAGGUUACCCCUGAACUAUUCAAAGUCGCCUCGAGUCCCAAUGACUUACUUCAGCUUUCAGAGGAAAAGUUGCGCAAAAUAAUAGAGCCCAUAGGACUCGCCGCAAGGAAGGCAAAGGCUUUAAAGGGCUUGGCCGAAAAGCUUUGUUGUGACUUUGAAGGAGUAGUUCCACAGACUUUUGAAGAGCUUGAGAGCCUUCCUGGAGUCGGGCACAAAACCGCCAGUGUUGUGAUGAGCCAAGCAUUUGGAAAACCUGCUUUUCCGGUUGACACUCAUAUUCAACGGCUCGCGUGCCGCUGGGGUUUUGGUAACGAAAAGUCUAUAAGGAUUACGGAAGAGAAUCUAAAACAUUAUUUUCCUGAAGAGUGUUGGCUCAAGCUUCAUUUGCAGUUGAUUCAAUAUGGCAGAGAUCACUGUCCUGCACAAAGACACGUCACAAAGGAUUGCGUAAUUUGUUCAUGGAAACCAGGAAUGGACCCCAGUAAAAUAUUGUCUAGAAAAGAUAAACAAGUUGUAGAAGAUAAAGUUGUUUCAAGUAAGCCAGAUAAGAAGAAAAUAAGAACAAAUAGUCCAAGACACGGAACUAGUAGCAAGUAUCAUUUGAGAAGUAGUAGUAAGAAAUGAAUAUGCAAUUAUUUUCAGUGUCAGAACAAAAGCUCUUAUGUUGAAGAAUUAUCUUGAUAGAAAUAUUGUUACACUAUGCUGUAUCAGGAAGGAAGAGAUAAGGGAAUGGUAAGAUUUAAAUAUCUCAAGAUGACUUGACAUCUUUUCACAAAGAGUAUUUGUUGAUUCAGGGUCAAUUUGAAGCAUAAUC